ACUGCCCCAGGGUGGGGAAGGACACUGCGGCCUCUCAGUGAGCAUUCACCCAAAGGACCUUCCUGCGUUUCCAGGUGUUGCUGUUGAGGAUGCUCCGAGCCGAGGCAGAGAUGUUCCGGACGAGAAUUCGGGAGGAGCUUGAUCGGACCAUGGAAUUCUGGCUCAAACAUUCCCAUGACCAGGAGCUGGGAGGCUUUUUCACUUGUCUAUCCCGCGAUGGGAGCGUAUAUGAUGAGCUGAAAUACAUCUGGCUGCAGGGCAGGCAGAUCUGGACAUACUGCCGUCUCUACCGGACGCUGCCACGUUUUCGUCGGCCCGAGCUGCUGGCCGCUGCGAUCGCCGGCGGCGAAUUCCUGAUGAGCUCCGCCCGGAUCUCGGCUGACUCCCGGAAGCUGGCGUUUGUGGUGACGCGGGACGGGAGGCCAGUCAAGGUGCAGCGCACCAUCUUCAGCGAGUGCUUCUACACCAUGGCCAUGGACGAGCUCUGGAGGGUCACCGGAGACGCGAAAUACCAGAGGGAAGCCGUGGAGAUGAUGGAUCAGAUUGUCCGGUGGGUGCGGGAGGACCCGGCUGGCCUGGGGCGCCCGGAGCUACCCGGAGCGGAGACCGUCAACUCCAUGGCUGUACCCAUGAUGCUCCUGUGCUUGGUGGACCAACUGGAGGAAGGGGACGCCAAGAUGGCCGACAAAUACCGGGAACUGGGGGCGUGGUGUGUCGAACAGAUUCUGCAGCACCUCCAGGUGAGACCGUUCACCCCUCCAGUCUCUGCUACCCUCGGCAGCAUUAAUCCCAGUCCCCUUCCCCGACAGCCCUGCAAUGGAGCCUUUAUCCCAUCAAAGGUUCCGGGAUAAUCUGCAUCCACCACACUUUCAGGCAGUACGUUCCAAUUCACAGCAACUCAAAAAUAAUUCCCCCUCUAUCCC